AUGUCUGAGCGUCGGGGUAGCAUUAUGAAGGGGAUUCACAAAGAUAGCCAUACUGACAGGCUCCGAGGGUCAACCAUGGACAUUGAAAUGCAUGACGACGACGACUCCCACCCUGUGAAACGAGGGUCUUCAGUUUGGAAAUCAGGGUUCAAAGGGAAACUAGCCAACACCUACAGGUUGGGACCAAAGCAGAAGUUUCUUCCCCAUUUGAUUCAGAAGAAAGGCGAUGAGUUGAUGAACCAAGCAUUCGGUGAGCUGGCCUACGACCACGACAACUGUCGAGAUGUGGCUGAUAAAGUGGCUGCAGAUAUCCUGGCGUUCUGCAAAGAGCAAGUGUUUGACCGCUACAGAUACGUGGCCAGGGUGGUCGUCGGCGACAAGAAAGGCCAGACAGUGAAGAUAGCAAGCCGUACCCUGUGGGAUGAUGAAAAGGACAACUUUCUGACUCUCAACUUUGAGAACAGACACCUUUUCGCUGUUGGCAUGGUUUUUGCCAUUUAUUUCGAGUGACAAUGGGCAAUGUGAAAGGCAGAUGGCAAUUUAUCUCUACCUGCCAAUAAAUGAAUGAGAUGUCAAGUUUUUGUGAAUACAUUUUUUUUGUAGACAAAAUAAAACAACAGUAUCAGUGA